AUGAUGAUGAUAAUAAUAAUAAUAAUAAUGAAGAAGAAGAGAUUGGAGAUUUAGAUGGAAAGAUCAAUUGUCCAAAUUGUAAAUUCAAAUUGGGAAAUUAUAGUUGGGCUGGGAUGCAAUGUUCUUGUGGUACUUGGGUUACUCCUUCAUUUGCUAUUCAUAAAGAAAAGGUUGAUGAAGUAUAUUCAUAA